AUGUCCCAGCAGCAGUGCACAGAGUCAUUUGUCGAACCUGCUACUCUGUCAAAAAAUCAGAGGAAAGAAUCAGUCCAGACAUCAUUCAACAAACGGAUUCUCAAGCUGAGGAAGAGUUUUGAUGCCCAAGUCCAUGCUAUUGUGCAGGAAUUUGUUGGGCAUGGUUCACACUAUUCAGCAAACCAGAUACGAAAGCAAGUUGUCUAUAAGUUUUCUGCACCAAAAAAAGUAUGGAAGCCAAUGCUCCCUAAUGCCUGGGCACAUGCAAAGGCGCAGGCAUGUCGUAAACAAGAGAAAGCGCUGCCAAACCUCCCAUACUCCAAAGAGUACCUUGAGCUUCUUGACGACAUCAACAAUGAAGAAGUGACGUUUGAUGACAUAAAGAACCCACUUACUCCAAUGGAUGAACAUCAUGCACAAGUUGCCUUAGAAGGUGUUGUCGUCAAAAGGGAGAAUCGGGCCCUAAAAGAAAACAUAAUCUCACCUGAACUGUCAGCACAACGCAUGGCCAUCCAUGCCCGAGACCAGCUCGUCCAAAUUGCAGAGAAUGUGAACCGGGCAUGUGGAAUUCAAGUCAUGAUUAUGAUGGCAAAAGGGUCUAGCGAUGAUUUAUUUGCACCAGUCGUGUGGGCAUCAGAGAAGGCAAAGGAGUAUUGGCUGGGUGUAGCAAAAGAGCCCCUGUGGUUACAUGCCCGGCUUAUGGAGGGAUAUUGUGUUGGGGCUACAAGCAAUGUUGUGAAGAAUGGACAAGAACUGAACUACAUGAGUAGUUACCCUGUCAAACAUCAUCAGAGGAUUGAUCUGGGCGCAACACUAGGCAAGAUUGACAUGACACACUAUCCGGGGGGUAAGAUAGUUGAGCCCAAAAGGGCCAUGGUCGAUCAUCUUCGAGAGGCUGUCAAGGGAUGGGAAGAUGGGAAAAUCAAAUGGGUUAAGCUGACAGCAGAGGAGAUUGAGCAGCAAAAAGCAGAGCUCAGUAGUCUAGAAUCUGAAGCAGUGCAAGCCCAGACUGGCGACCGUACCCUAACAGCAGUGUACGGAACAGUGUGGCUGCAGGUGAAAGCAGCACGAGUAUGGGAGAUAACAUAUCACCAGCACGGCCAAGCAAGCAGUGCCACUCACACAGGGACCGAGCCAGCAGCAACCAUGGAAGUCAGCUCCAGCUCCAGUAGGGGCGCUAACUUGAGGAAGAAGUGCAAAGCGCCGGCAGACCCGAAGCCAUUACCUUCCCUGGCAAUGAGAGGGCAGGGGGAUAGUAACACCUGUGCAAUGAUGGAUGGAUGGAUGGAUGGACGGGUACUCCUCACUACCAUGUGUUUGUUGUGGUUCUUAGAGUCGCACCGCUGA